AUGGCACGCCGUGGAUGGGUAUCUUCAUCGUCUCCUCCUCCUCCUUCUUUAAACAGAGGUGAUAACUCCAGCAGUUCUGCUCUGCAGAAUUACUUCCUUGCUCGUGAUAUAAGCGAUGAAGAAUGUGGUGCAGUUGAUCAAGAAAUUAUGCUAAUGACAGAAGAAGAAAAAGAAGCCUUUGUUCGAAUGCAAAACGAAUUAGAAGAACGACAUUUAUCGGAAUUUUAUAAUUAUUAUGGUAAGAGAACUUUACCGUAUGUGGAAGAAGGGGAAGAUGAGUAUAGUGAGGAUGAGGUUCUAGACUAUUACGAUGAUAAUGGUUUUCGUCCCACAGGUAGCAGUGUUGAUAUGCGAAUAGAAAAUCCGAAUACUAUAUCAAGUGUGUAUCUUGGUGAUCACCACCGUCGAGUUAACUCAACAACUAAUAAUAGUCAAAGUUUAUUAAUGUACCAACGCACACGACGUUCAAGAGACCGAGAAGCUCAACAUCAAAAAAUGGAGUUAGAGGAUGAAUUUACCUUCCAUCCUCAAAUCAAUCCAUCAAAUGUUUCAUCCCGUUAUAUGAACUAUUCAAAAAGAAGAGUUCGACCAUCAAUAUCAUCAUCAUCAUCAUCUUUAUUAGGAGUGGCAGCAACAACAACAACAGCAGCAGCAGCGGUAUCAGGUAAUGCAACAGAGGAUUCAAAUUUUAAACCUGUGGUGAAUCGACUGCGCCGGUCCUCACUUUCCGAUCGAUUAAAUCAAUAUCUUAAUACACCAGUACAUCUGCGUCUGAACCGAACACCUAUUGUUUCGCCAAGGAAAUUGAAGAAAGAACAACAAGAACGAGAAAAAGAACAAAAGGUACUACAACAGCAUGAUAAAAAUUUACAAUCACAUGGUGCUGGUGAUUUGUCUCGUAAAAAUGGAAAGGAAAAUAAACCUUUAGAUUCAUUUUUACGUCGACUUGAAGAAAGCAAUCGACGGAGAGAGAAGAACCUUGAGCACUUAACAAUGAUGUAUGAGAGUGAAUUAACAUUUCAUCCUGAACUGGCCCCUGGUACUCGACGAAAGAAAGUUUCAUCAGCUCGACAACGAACAUCAAGUGCUUGUUCAGUAGAAGAGAGAAAGGGAAAAAAAAACAAUCUUGGGAAGGAAACAGCUACGACUAGUUCAAACGAUAAGGAGGAACGAUACACACCUCAUAUUAAUGUUAGAUCACAAUCCAUGCGUCGAAGUGUGGAUGACCUUCGUAUUUUUGAGCAAAGACGACAGCAACGUCUACAAAAGUUGCGAAAAGAACAGGAGUUAGAAGCAUCAAGAGCAGCACGUGAGGCAUUUUCUAAUGUUAUGACUCUUAGUGCUGGAUCACAACGACUUGCAAAGUGUCUAUUUGGUGAGGACAUCACACACGAUGCCAUUCAGCAGUAUUUAGAACGACAGGCCCAUUCAAGAGCAGCUGCACUUCGCAUGGAGUAUGAGGCAAAACAACGUGAAGAGGAAAUGCAGUUUACAUUUCGUCCAGAGGUUCACUCAGCACCACCCUAUGUACAAGAAAUUGCUCGAGAGCUUGCUGUGAAUAAGUCCCUCGCACCUAAGACACCCAAACCGAGACCAGUGUUUCGGUUUUCAUGA